AAUCAAAAUGUCAUUUUCGAAAGCGAAACUUAAACGUUUUAACGACAUUGAUGUUGUAGCUUGCGCCUCACCCUCGCGUCAUGCUGCUUGCCUCGAGAGUAAUAGCUCUACAACUGGCGGAAUUUCUUCAUCAUGUGUCGCCCAUACAGAACGUAAAGAACAAAUUGAAAAGUUCUUCAAAGAUGCAGUUCGUUUCACAUCCAGUUCGAAAGAGAACAAAGAGUUUGCUGUACCUAAAGAUGGUCCUCUAAAAGAGGAUAAAAAAUCGAAAGGUUUGCGUUUAUUUCGCACGCCAUCUUUACCACAUCGUUUACGGUUUCGUCAAAACUCUGAUAUAACUUCGGCUGUCGGCACCACAUCAACGGCCAGUUCGACACCAUUACCUUCGGCCACUACAACGCCUAGCAAAGAAUCGUCGAAAACUGCUGGCCGUUUGAAGGGCAAGGAGGCUUUGCAUCAAGAAAUUCGACACAAGAACGAUCUUAUUGAGAAUUAUUUAAGUCAAAUCGAUGUCUUGAAACGUCACGUAGAACAGCUGAAAGAAGCGGAAAUCAAAAUCCGUGAAGAACAUGUCCAUGUCGAGCAAAAAACCGAAAGAAUGAUAAACGAGUUAUCUGAUGAAAAUAAAUCGCAUAAAGAAUUCAAUGAUCGUCUUGUUGCCGAAAAUGCUCGCUACGCUGAAAAUAUUUUGAAAUUGGAAAAUGAAAUCAAAAAACUUAAUCGUGAACAUGUAAGCCAAGUGGAAGAAUUGAAGAGUUUAUCGGAAGAGUUGAAAGAUAAAAAUUAUCAGCUCGAAUCUGACUACGCAAAACAGAGCGAACAAAGUGAAAAAUAUGUUUUAAAAAUUUCAAAACUAAAUCAAGAGAUUAAAGAAGCUUGCGAACAGUUAUCGCUUAGUGAAGAAAGGGCUCAAGAAAGCUUCGAACUUAUUGAAAAUCUCAAAAAUACUAAUGAUACUUUGAUCGGCGAUAUGAAAACCUUGCAACGGCAGAUCGAACAGGACGCCCUGGCUUACGCUCAGGAGACUAAGAUCAUACAAAACGAAAUGGAAUGUUUAAGAAACGAAAGAAAUACAUUGAAAAACGAUCUAGCAAGUAAAUGCGAUUUCAUUAAGUCAUUGCAGGAUGAGUUAUUGGAUAAGAAUUGCGAAAUAGAUGCCCAUUGUGAUACCAUAAGACAAUUAUGCCGCGAGAAGGCCAAGUUUGUGGAGAGAGAACGCCUUCUAGAUUCAGUUGAAGAAAAAGUUCGCCAGGCUGAAGUUCAAGUCGAGCAAAAAGUACAAAAACUCGAAUCGGAUUUGGAGAAUGCUUUGGAGCGUGAAAAGGCUUAUUGGCGAGCGGAAUUGGAUAAACGUCAAAAGAUGGCUGAAAAUGAAUUGAUAAAAAUUGAACUUGAAAAGCAGGAUGUUAUGGUAUUGUUAGAAAGUACCAACGAUAUGUUACGUGAACGUGAUGAGAAAAUACAAAAGUAUGAAGAUCAAUUACGCAACGGCAUUGAUUACUAUGUACAAUUGACGGACAAUCUACAAAAGCAAGUUGUGGACCUUAAGCAGGAUAUGGCCAAGACAAUUACUGAAAAGUACAAUUAUCAAUUGACUUUAAACAAUACACGUUCCACGGUGAAUAUAUUAAUGGAACGUCUUAAGAAAUCGGAUUCGGAUGUUGAACAAUUGAAAGCAGAAUUGGAAUCCGUACAAUUGGCGAAAAGAACCUUGGAACAGAGCUAUUUGCAAUUGCAAUCAGAUCUGGAGAGAAUCCGCACUCAACUGUCCGAAUCGGAGGAGGCUUUGAAUAGCUUGCGCGACUCAUCGGAAACACUACAAAAAGAGAUUGCUUCUUCAUUCCAGGAGCGCAUCGAAGCGGAUGCGGCCAAAUACCUGGAGAUGUAUAACGAAUUGAGGAGCAAAGAUGAAACGCGCGAAAUGUAUAUGCAAGAUAUGAAAAAGGCUUUGGAUGAAUUUGCUACUGUCUUACAGUUUGCCCAAAUUGAAUUGGACAGCAAAGAGAAUGUAUUGACAAAAGUACGUGAAGAAUGCGAACAAUUGAAAUUGGAAAAUAUCGCCUUGAAAUCGAAGGUGGACGAUACAACUGUUGCUGCCGCAACAGCGACAAAUAGUCCAGGCAAAAAGAAAGAGAAUAGUACGGAUUUGGAGAAAAUUGAAGGACUAUUAAAUGACUCUGAAUUUCGUGCAGAAUGCGAUAAAAUUACCUCGUGGUUGCUUAACUCUUCGGCCGACAAAUGCGUACGCAAUGAGAGUUCAAACGAGAUAAAUGAAAUGUUAAAACCGACCACACCCAAUAAUAAGUCCACACCGCCAGUACGUUCUCAUUCGGCCGGUAAGUCCACUAGCCAGAUAAAUACGCCAAGGACCCCGCGCACACCAAGGACGCCCAAAUCUGCUGCUGCAAAUACACCACGCACAACUCCUAAAAAAACUGUGCUAUUUGUUGGGAAAGAGAAUAUACCGAGUCCACAGAAACAAGUGCUUAAAGCGCGAAAUGUCUAAAUUCCUAGCCAAGUACAAAACAUAAAAAAAGCAUACGAAACGAAAACUCUAAAGCAAACGGACUAUGGAAAACUGUUUGAGGAAAUGAGGAGACUUGGCGUUGUCGUUACUCCAUGUGCAGAAAAUGGCGAAUGAAUCGAAAAACCUGUAAUUCCCCCUUCUA